AUGGGACCUCAGCCCGUGGUCCUGAGGCCCCUUAGUAACCUAGAACCCUGGAACCCUGGAACCCUGGAACCCUGGAACCCUGGAACCCUGGAACCCUGGAACCCUGGAACCCUGGAACCCUGGAACCCUGGAACCCUGGAACCCUGGAACCCUGGAACCCUGGAACCCUGGAACCCUGGAACCCUGGAACCCUGGAACCCUGGAACCCUAGAACCUUAG